GUGAGUGGGAACCUGAGUUUCCUCAACUGGCUGACUCUCAUCCCUGCCAUCUUCUGUUUCGAUGACAAGUCUCUGGCCUGGCUGUUCUCCUCUGCCACCAGACACAGAGUGUUUGAAAUACAGCAGCACUGGCUACACACCAAGACCAAGCCGCUGGGGUGGUACAUUCGGCAGGCCUCGUCGCUAGCCCUGGCAGGGCUCCUGGUCUACCUGAGUGUCCCAGUGGUCCAGAACCUCCUCUCCUCCCGCCAGCUCAUGAACACUUCCUUUGACUGUUUCAGGAUCGUCAAUACCUAUGGAGCCUUUGGCAGUGUAACAAAGGAGAGGACAGAGGUCGUACUGGAAGGAACGUAUAACAGCUCUGUGGAUCAGAGUGGAGAGAGGGCACAGUGGCUGGAGAUUGAGUUCAAGUGUAAGCCGGGGAGUGUUGGACAUCGGCCAUGCCUCAUCUCACCGUACCACUACCGCCUGGACUGGCUCAUGUGGUUUGCUGCCUUCCAGUCCUACCAACACAACCCAUGGCUGCUGAACUUGGCUGGGAAGAUACUGGCUGGAGAUCCCUCAGUCAACUCUCUACUGGCACACAACCCCUUUGCCGAGAUACCCCCCAAGUAUGUGCGUGCUGUUCACUACCACUACCAGUACACAGAGCUGGGCAGUGAAGCAGCAGGGAGAGGGGAGUGGUGGACCAGAAGACUCCUCCACAAGCCCUACCUCCCCAUUGUGGCUGAGGAGCAAUUGAGACCUGUCAUUGAGGCCCAGGGCUGGCACUGGUACACUCGUCGUGACUGAGCCUGCUGCAAUAGGCAAUAGCUGUUAUCCCCCUGUUCUUUGAGUUCCCUAGAAUACAGUGGAACAUGAAUGAUAGGCUUGCUAGUCCCUUGACUAUUACACUUCCUGGACCUCAUUUGUAUAAAAAUCACCAGUUAACCGUCAAAAAUUCCUACAUGUCCUGUUCCAUG